AUGGAUUUCAAAAUCUUUUUGAUUUAUUUACUUUCCAUAUUUGGAACACGGCUCGUUCAUUCAGAUGAACAAUCGGACGCUAUUAAAAGACAACUGGACAAUCGUUUUGCGGCCCUAACCGCAUCCUCUCAACCGAACCCCGUAUCCCAAGUGACUGCUCGAAACCUGACCGAGGGUGUUGCACCCGACGAUGGCGUCGGGCCGUUGGUGGACAGGCAAAACGUUGCGGGUCAAAGUUACGGCUACAACACAGGACUGACCAAUCAGAACGUUGAGUACAACCCGGGCUAUGCGAAUCAGAGCUACGCCGAUCCAACCGGUCAACUGGUUCAGAACGUGCGAUCUUCUGCCCAGUCUGACAGCCCUGGAACCUCGGUCGUUGCACAAAGCGAUGCCAUGUCAUCCGCCAAACAUCGUCCCAAUCGUCAAAAAUCAAGCAAGCACGGUGAUAGCGGCUUUGAUGACGAUGAUGAGAAUUAUGCUACGUCACGUAACAAGAUCGGCCGAGGAGACGACCUGGGGAGAUUUGCCAAGCCUGAGGAAAUCAAUCAUAUAUGCACCUCUCUGAUAGGAACUGGUGAAGAAGAUGCCUCGGCUAAUCCAUCUAAGAAGUCGUCUGGCGUUGUACUGGGAGAGUCAGAGAUCAAAAGCGACAGCGUUAUGCCUGUUAAUUACGGUGAUGAUGACGAAGACGACGAUGAGGACGAUGAACCGGAAGAUGAUAUUGACACUUUCCUCCUUCGAAACGGAGUUAAGUCCUCCACCCAGACCACGGAAUCAAAAAUGAGCGCUUGUAAAGGAGUCUUCCAACGAAAAGCUUUCACUGACGAGUACAUUAAGUCUUUAAGAGGACGACGUCGAAGAAGGAGACGCAGAAGGCGUGUAAGGCGGACACGAAGAAGACGUGUUAAGCGCAGACGAAGAAGACCCCGAAGUCGGAAACGCAGAAGACGUGUAAAGCGAAGACGAAGAAGACGCCGAGUUCGCAAACGUAGAAGACGUUUAAGACGGAGACGAAGAAGACGGGGAAGACGCUUAAAGCGGAGACGGAGAAGACGUAGACGACGUAGAAAUCGCCGACGUCGUCCACGACCUCCGCCAGCUAUUGCACCAUUUGGAGGUCCCGUGUGUAGCAGUCCAGUUGAGCUCAUCUUUGUCCUCGACGGUUCUGGUAGUAUUGAGGCUCUUGGACGCGGAAACUUCAAACGAUGCUUAAAUUUCAUCGUCCAAGUAGAGCGGUCGUUUACGAUAUCUCCUAGCAAAGCGCGAGUAGCCAUGGUGCUGUUCUCGACUCGUGCAAGGACGGUAUUCUCGUUAGACACCUACAGGGAUGGGAAUUCUGUUACAAAAGCUAUACAGAGAAUAAAAUAUCCGCGUGGUGGAACAAAGCUUGGAGCAGCUAUGCGGUUGGUGCAAACUAGUAUUAUGCGAAAAGCAAGAAAGGCUGUGUCUAAGGUUGUAAUUGUGAUGACAGAUGGUAUAUCUGCAGACAAAGUGAGAGGACCUGCUCAAAGACUUAAAGCCAGUGGAGCAGAAGUAUUUGCUGUUGGCCUUGGUUCAAGAUACAGUUACAGACAACUUGCAUAUAUGGCAACGGAUUCAGCACAUAUAUUUAGGCGAGAUUUCACAGGCUUGACCAAGGCAUUAAAACCUAUGACCAGAACUUUAUGCAAAGGUGCUAAGAGUUGUAAGGCAAAAGUAGAGUUGAUGUUUUUAGUGGAUGGGUCUGGAAGCAUUGAAUCAUAUGGCAAAGGAAAUUUCAAACGAUGCCUAAAUUUUGUGAAAGAAGUUGCCAGUUCAUUCACAAUCUCCCGAUCACAAGGGCGUAUCUCUGUAACUGUUUUCUCUACAAAAACGACCUUGAUCUUCAAUCUGGAUACCUACUCGAAUCUAAAUCAAGUAAAUCGAGCAAUCGAUCGCAUAAGGUACCCUAGACGAGGAACAUACACAGCAAAAGGACUAAAGAAAAUCUACAGAGACGUAUUACGUAAAGCACGUCGCGGACGUCCCAAAGUGCUUAUUGUUAUGACUGAUGGUAGAUCUUCAGACCGUGUAAACGUAAUGUCGAGACGUUUACACAAAGCAGGCGUUGUUGUAUAUGCUGUGGGAAUUGGAAAAAGGUAUAAUAGGAGGCAGCUGCAAAUUAUGGCAAGCUCUCCAAAGAAGAAGCAUGUUGUUACAGCUGGUUUCCGGCAAUUGCGCUCCAUUAUCAGCAAGAUGCAAUCAGAUGUGUGCAAAGAGGCUGGAGCAAUUGAGCAGAAGAAAUCUAGACCAUCUGUUUCAGUCGACCUGGUUAUCAUUCUUGACAUUGCCAGUAGAAUGGGGGGUAAAACAACCAGACGUAAUUACCUUAAAGCAAACUUCAAUCGGUUAAAAGCAUUUGCCAGUGGUAUCGUUGAUGCAUUUUCAGUCUCAAGGAGGUCUGUUCAGAUCGCAUUCAUAUCAGCUUGGACCCAAUCUCGCAUUGUCUUCAACUUUAAUACCAGGAACAAGGGAACAAUGAAGCGCUAUAUUCGACGCCUGCGCCAGAAACGAGGCAAUCUCAAUCUAGCUAAGGCAAUACGAGUUGCAAGAAGAAAUAUAUUUGCAAGGUAUUCUCGAAAAGACACCCCAAAUGUUCUCGUGGUUAUAACAGCAGGCAAAAGUAGAGGCCGUAUUCGUCGAUCUUCCACAGCUGCCAAAAGAGUUGGUAUCACAAUAAUCACUGUUGGAAUCUUACCUAUUGUUGAUCAAACAGAUCUUACUAUCAUGUCCUCACCCCCAUCUGGAGGAAAUAGGAUGACUAUUAAUUUCAUGGGAUUGAUGAAAAUUCUAACCAUAGUUGUGAACAAGAUUAUUAUGGCUAAACCUGUGAACGAACUUGUUGGUGUCAAUCCAAAUGCUGCGCAAACUGAUCCACCACCCCGGCCUGGUACUGGUGGUAUUCCUAUUGUUGCUAUGCCUCCAGGAACCAAGGUUGAUUUAGGAUUCCUGAUUGACAUCUCAUCCAGGAUGGACUCGAGAAGCUUUAUUCGAGCAAUCGCCUUUGCCAAGAAGAUCUACCAGGCAUUUCCUAUUGGCAGGGCAGACACCCAUGUUGGAUUGGUAACCUGUUCCAGUAGAGCAACUAUGGUGUUCAACUUGAAUACAUACUAUACUGUGAGGCAACUGGAUCAGGCUUUCAGUCGGGUUCGAAAUUCUGCAGGGAACUUGAUGCUUCAUUCAGGUUUUCAAGUUGCCCAAAGACAGCUAUUUGGAAGAUCUGCACGUAGAGGCAUACCUAAUGUUUUGAUUGUUAUUCAUAAUGGCCCAUCUUAUGGUGGCUGGCGGUAUCUCUCCGCCUCUGGUAGUGCUAGGAUUUCUGGGAUACUGGUGUUUGCAAUUGGAACAAGCAGACAAGUCUCCCGGCAGUCACUGAAUGGUAUGGCUACCACUCCAAGGUUUACGGCACUUGUUUCUCAAGCGAAUGGUUUGAAUAGGAAGAUCCGCCCAGUGAUUACUCGAAUUGGACAAGCUCUGGUUGGGUAUUCAAGUGGUGCUGGGAGUGUUGCUGCUGACAUUAUUGUUGUGUUAGAUGCAUCUAAGUCUAUGGGUAAGGUAAACUUCAGAAUAGCCUUGGAAAUUGUCAAGAUUAUCUUCACUGCAACUGGUAUUUCUCAUCGUGGUGUGCGAGCUGGUUUCAUCAUAGCUGAUAGAUCAAGCCGAGUUGUGUUCAACUUUAGAAGAUGUAAGAGUGUCUUGACAAUGACCAGAAGAGUGGGAAAGACUGGCUAUGUUGGUCGUGCAAGCAGAUGCAAUGUUCCAAGUGCUUUGAAUAGAGCUCGAGCCAUGUUUUCACGAAGCAAAAGAAAGCAUGCCAGCCAAAUUUUGAUUGCUAUAACUGCAUCAAGAAGUUAUCGUGUUGCCUCUGUUGGCAGAACUAUGAAGCUAAGUGGAGUCUCAAUAUUUGCCAUUGGAAUUGGUAGUGGUAGAGGAACUCAGCUGCGACAAAUAUGUUCAUCACAGAAAUUUUGUAUGUUUGGAUGGAAUUUUAGAAGACUGAGUAGACGACAGAUAUUAUCUUUCCUUUCUAAUCUGAAUAAUGUUAUUGGAGUUGGUGGUUCAGGUGCAGCCAGUAAUGGAAUUAAUCUUAAUGCUAUUUCAACUAUUGGAAAAAAUGCUGCAAAGGGAAAGCGCCCCAAACGAGGGAUGAGAUUAAAUGUUCAAAUAAUCAGUGAAGGAUGUAACGAUAAAGGCCGCCAUGGUUCAUGUGGAGUUGCAUUUAUCAGGAUAAAUGGCAGAGAUUAUGCCCCUAAAAGAAGGGGGUAUAAUAUUGUCGUCAUCAAUUCUAAUACUGGAAAUGUUGAAAAGCGAAGGUCUUAUGAUACCCAUGCAUCCAGAGGGGCAGCAAAUCGAAUGGUAAACUUCUUAAGAAGGCUUCCUCGAAGAAAAUAUGUGCUCAUUGCAAUCCAAGAUGAAGGCAAACGUCGCAUGACAUCACGAGCAAGACAGGCUUUACGACGUAUUGGAGCCAGGCGCUCUGUACGAGACUAUCGUGGUUCUAUAGCAAUGGUUGGCCAAACUGGUGGUCUGAGCAAUAAACAUAUUAAAACCGUUGUCAGAAGACGCUAUCGAGGCCCUAGCACACUCAAUGUUCACAUCCGAGUUAAAGUUUCACGUCCUGUGUUACCACGCCCUCGUCCAGUAAGAAGACUUCGAGUGUAUGUCCAAAGUGUAGGUUGUGAUGACAAAAUAAGAGGUCGCAGAGUGCCUCGCUGUGGAAGGGCUAGAUUCAGAGUUAAUGGAAGAGACUAUUCACCAUCACGUGGUUCAAGAGGAAGAGGAUUCAAUAUUCUUAUUAUUAAUGGCAUGACAGGGAGAUAUGAACGAAGAAGGCAUUUUGAUACGCAUGGAAGACCUUCGGCUGCAGCAAAGAUGCAGGCAUUUUUGAAGGGACUUUCUCCAAACAAAAUAAUAUUGGUUGCAGUUCAAGAUGAAGGCAGUAAAAAAAUGAAAUACUUAGCAUACAAAGCCUUAAAAAGAAUUGGUGCAAGAAAUCCUCAAUUAAGAUACCGUAGUUCUUUUGCAUUGAUUGGAUUCAGUGGACCAGGCAAACCUCGAUGGGUCAGGCAGCGUCGAAAUGGCAGAAGACGUGGUCCAAGUACUCUUACUGCAAGAAUACCAAUUCCUGUUGCAGCUCAAAUUGCACCACCAAAAAGGCGAAUGAAGAUUGUGAUAAGGAGUGAAGGUUGCAGUGAUCCAGGCAGACGACCAGGAUGUGGCAGAGCUGUAAUAAGAGUCAAUGGUAGAGACUUAUCCAGACAUUCCAGGGGAUAUAACUUUGUCAUUAUUGAUGCUUUCUCAGGGGUUGUUGAAAAACGUGCUUCGUUUGAUACACAUUCAAGGAGUAGAAACCGUUUGAAGGCAAGACAAAUGAGACAAUUCCUGCGCUCAAUUUCAAAAAGGAAAAUUGUCCUUGUUGCAAUACAAGAUGAAGGCGCUCGGGGGAUGACAUCAAAUGCCUACAGAGCUUUAGGUAAAAUCGGUGUGAGAAGACCACAACGAAGAUAUCGUGGUUCGUUUGCUUACAUUGGUUACACUGGUCCUGGACGAAAAUCAUUUGUUAAAGGGGUACAAAGAGCUAAGGGACGAGGACCAAGUAAUAUCUAUACUCGAAUUCGGUUCCCAGCUGCAAGGAGAAGACCAAUACGAAGGCCAGGGCGUAGGCCACGACCAAGGCCAGGGAGAUUACCAAGACCUCGUCCUAGACCAAGACCUCGUCCUAGACCAAGACCUCUGUUAAAGCCAGUGCGAGGUGCUACAAUGCAGAUUUGGAACAAUCUCAGAGGUGAUGCACAUGUUCUGUCAACACUGUUUGCUGACAGACGCUAUCCCAAAAGACCUACUCGAACAAGAAAAUUGAGAAACCUUGUAGCCCCUCCAAAUAGCGGCAAUCGUCAUGGUGUGAGAUUGACAGCUUAUUAUAAGCCCCCCAGAUCUGGACGAUAUACAUUCUACCUAAGUGGUGAUGAUCAAUGUAGAUUAUCUAUCAGCAGUGAUUAUACGUCACAAAACUUGAGGAUGAUUGCAAUGUUUCCUAAGGGGUUGUGGACUAGACGUAACCAAUGGAACAAACAUAGGUCUCAGCGAUCAUCAACAGUUUAUUUAAGAAGUGGUCGUGUCUAUUUCAUGGAGGCACUGAUGAUUGAUGCUGGGGGACCUGACCAUCUUAGUGUUGGAGUACGAAUUCCAGGUCGAGGUUUUCAAAGACCAAUAUCAGGAAGAAAUGUCUACAUCAUUCCACCAGCUCGUUACGUACAGCCUAUUCGCAGGAGAUCAAUACGUGGUGUAAAAAUGCAAAUGUGGACUAGGAUUGGAUCCCACCAUUUGAAUGCACUUCUUCGCAACAAUCGAUACAAGCAAAGAAGACCUGACAUGACCAUUAAUAUACCUGGUUUAAAGACACCUGUCAACAUUGAUGAUAACUAUGGUCUACGUUUGACUGCCUACUAUAGAGCACCGCAAACAGGGUAUUAUACGUUCUAUGUUGCUGGUGAUGAUGAAUGUAGAAUGCAAAUUAGUAGAAACCGUAGUCCAAGAUAUCUUCGACAGAUUGUGCGUUUCAGGAGGAAUCUCUGGACAAGCCCAAACCAAUGGAAUAAAGACAGAUCACAAAAGUCAGGACGUAUUAGUUUAAAGACAGGAAAAGUCUACUUUAUUGAGGUAGUAAUGAAGGAAGGUGGUGGUGGUGACCAUCUCAGUGUGGGUGUGAAAUUACCUCGUAGAAGAGGAAUUAGACUUGUUUCAAGAAGAAAUCUUUACCAGAGGCCACCAGGACGACGAAGAAGGCCAGGAAGACAACCUAGACCCAAACGGCGACCAAUUCGAGGUGUCAUAAUGGAGAGAUGGAAUGGAAUAGGAGGGAAUGAACUGUGGCGGCUUAUUACCAAUCCAAGAUAUCCAAGGAGACCUAAUCGAGCUAGAAAAAUAAGGAAUCUUGUCUCACCUGCCAAUAAGGGAAACAACUAUGGAUUGCGGUUAAGAACAUACUUUGUGCCUCCAAGGACUGGUAGAUAUGUGUUCUAUGUUGCUGGUGAUGAUCAGUGCCAGCUGUCAAUAAGUACAGAUCAUACACGCAGGAAUCUACAAUUAGUUGUCAUGUUUCCAAAAGGGUUAGCUACUGGACGAAACCAAUGGAACAGACAUAAAUCUCAGAGGUCUCCUCCAGUGCACCUUAAUCGCAGAAGAGUGUAUUACAUGGAAGCUUUAAUGAAAGAAGGUGGUGGCGGAGAUCACAUCAGUGUUGGUAUGAGAGUAAGAAGAAGAAUCAGACCCAUUCCUAGUCGUUAUCUUUACAUGGUUCCACCAGUUCGACGCAGAAUUCGAAGACCUAGAUAUGCUAGAGGAGCAAAAAUGCAAAUGUGGUCAAGAAUUGGAUCACAUCACUUGAAUGCCUUGCUUCGCAAUCGGCGUUACCCCAGAAGACCUGAUAUGACUAUCAAUCUACCUGGUUUGAAAUCACCAGUGAACAUUGCUGAUAACUAUGGAUUGCGUCUAACUGCAUAUUAUAGGGCACCUCGAACAGGGUAUUAUACAUUCUAUGUGGCUGGUGAUGAUGAAUGUAGAAUGAGAAUCAGUAGAAACCGUAGCCCAAGAUAUCUACGACAGAUCAUACGUUUUAGAAGAAAUCUUUGGACCAAUCCAAACCAAUGGAACAAAGACCGAUCGCAAAGGUCAGGACGUAUCAGGCUGAUUAGAAGAAGAGUUUACUUCAUGGAGGUUGUAAUGAAAGAAGGUGGUGGUGGUGAUCAUGUUAGUGUUGGAGUAAGAGGACCUCGUUCAAGACGUACCAGACCUAUUUCAAAGCGAGAUAUUUUCACCAGACCUCCAAGGAGACAUCCGAGACCAAGGCCCCGUCCUCGACCAAGACCUGGACGAAGACCUGGACGAAGACCUGGACGAAGACCUGGACGAAGACCUGGACGAAGACCUGGACGAAGACCGCGACCAAGACCUAGACCUAUUCUAAAGCCAGUUCGUGGUGCUACUAUGCAGAUCUGGAACAACCUGAGAGGUAAUGCACAUGUUCUGUCAACACUGUUUGCUGACAGACGCUAUCCCAAAAGACCUACUCGAACAAGAAAAUUGAGAAACCUUGUAGCCCCUCCAAAUAGCGGCAAUCGUCAUGGUGUGAGAUUGACAGCUUAUUAUAAGCCCCCCAGAUCUGGACGAUAUACAUUCUACCUAAGUGGUGAUGAUCAAUGUAGAUUAUCUAUCAGCAGUGAUUAUACAUCACAAAACUUGAGGAUGAUUGCAAUGUUUCCUAAGGGGUUGUGGACUAGACGUAACCAAUGGAACAAACAUAGGUCUCAGCGAUCAUCAACAGUUUAUUUGAGGAGUGGUCGUGUCUAUUUCAUGGAGGCACUGAUGAUUGAUGCUGGGGGACCUGACCAUCUUAGUGUUGGAGUACGAAUUCCAGGUCGAGGUUUUCAAAGACCAAUAUCAGGAAGAAAUGUCUACAUCAUUCCACCAGCUCGUUACGUACAGCCUAUUCGCAGGAGAUCAACACGUGGUGUAAAAAUGCAAAUGUGGACUAGGAUUGGAUCCCACCAUUUGAAUGCACUUCUUCGCAACAUUCGAUACAAGCAAAGAAGACCUGACAUGACCAUUAAUAUACCUGGUUUAAAGACACCUGUGAACAUUGAUGACAACUAUGGUCUACGUCUGACUGCCUACUAUAGGGCACCUAGAACAGGGAAAUACAUAUUCUAUGUUGCUGGUGAUGAUGAAUGCAGAAUGAGAAUCAGUAGAAACCAAAGUCCAAGAUUUCUUCGACAGAUUAUACGUUUUAGGAAGAAUCUUUGGACAAAUGCAAAUCAAUGGAAUAAAGACCGAUCACAAAAGUCAAGACCCCUAAGGUUGAAAAGAGGGAAAGUCUAUUUCAUUGAGGUGGUAAUGAAAGAAGGUGGUGGUGGUGAUCAUCUCAGUGUUGGAGUAAAAAGAACAGGUGUAAGGGGAAUCAGACCUAUUUCAAGGAGAAAUCUGUACCGAAGAUUACCAAGACAACGAGGAAGACCACAAAGAUUGCCCAGACCAAAACGGCCACCAAUGCGAGGUGUUAUAAUGGAAAGAUGGAAUGGAAUUGGAGGAAAUGAACUGUGGCGUCUUUUUACCAAUCCACGAUAUCCAAGAAGACCUAAUCAGCGUGUGAAAAUAAGAAAUCUGGUGUCACCUGUCAAUAAGGGAAACAACUAUGGAUUGCGAUUGAGAACAUAUUUUGUGCCACCAAGGACUGGCCGAUAUGUGUUCUAUGUUGCUGGGGAUGAUCAGUGUCAGUUCUCCAUAAGUACAGAUCAUACACGUAGAAAUUUGCAGAUGCUUGUCAUGUUCCCAAAGGGAUUAGCAACUGGACGAAAUCAAUGGAAUAAACAUAGAUCUCAGAGGUCUCCUCCAGUCCACCUUUAUCGUGGAAGAGUGUAUUACAUGCAAGCUUUAAUGAAAGAAGGCGGUGGUGGAGAUCACAUCAGUAUUGGAAUGAGGAUGAGAAGAAGAAUCAGACCCAUUCCUGGCAAAUAUCUUUACACGGUUCCACCAGUUCGACGUACAAUUCGACGACCUAAGUUUGUGAGAGGAGCAAAAAUGCAAAUGUGGACAAGGAUUGGAUCUAAUAAUUUGAACACCUUGCUUCGCAACUCCCGUUACCCUAGAAGACCUGACAUGACUAUCAAUGUACCUGGUUUAAAAUCACCAGUGAACAUCGGAGACAACUAUGGAUUACGUCUAACUGCAUAUUAUAGGGCACCUCGAACUGGUUAUUACACAUUCUAUGUUGCUGGUGAUGAUGAAUGUAGAAUGAGACUCAGUAGAAACCAUAGCCCAAGAAAUCUACGGCAGAUCAUACGUUUUAGAAGAAAUCUUUGGACCAAUCCAAACCAAUGGAACAAAGAUCGGUCACAAAAGUCAAGACGAAUAAAGCUAAAAAGAGGAAGAGUUUAUUUCAUGGAGGUAGUAAUGAAAGAAGGUGGUGGUGGAGAUCAUGUUAGUGUUGGAGUUAAAAAACCUCGUUCAAAGCGUAUCAGACCUAUUUCAAAGAGGGAUAUGUUCAUCAGACCACCAGGAAGGAGAAAACGUGGACCAGGUCGUAGGCCCGGCCCUAAACCACCAAGAGGUGUACCAAACCGUAGACCACGACCUAGGCCAACUGUUUGUCCAAGACCAAGGCCUAUACUAAAGCCAGUUCGUGGAGCAACAAUGCAGAUUUGGAACAACUUAAGAGGGAAUGUGCAUGUUUUGUCAACACUGCUUUCUGACAGACGUUAUCCUAAAAGACCUACUCGAACAAAAAAAUUAAGAAGUCUUGUAGCUCCUCCAAAUAGUGGCAACCGUCAUGGUGUUAGAUUAACUGCUUAUUAUAAGGCCCCACGUUCAGGACGAUACACAUUCUACCUAUCUGGGGAUGACCAAUGUAGACUGUCCAUCAGCAGUGAUUAUACCUCACAAAACUUGAGGAUGAUUGCAAUGUUUCCUAAAGGAUUGUGGACUAGAAAUAACCAAUGGAACAAACAUAGAUCUCAGCGGUCAUCAACAGUUUUUUUGAGAAGUGGUCGUGUCUAUUUCAUUGAGGCUCUGAUGAUAGAUGCUGGGGGACCUGACCAUCUCAGUGUUGGAGUAAGAAUUCCUGGUGGACGUCUUCAAAGACCAAUAUCAGGAAAAAAUCUCUAUGUUAUUCCUCCAGCUCGUUAUGUGAGGCCUAUUCGCAGAAGAUCAAUACGUGGUGUAAAAAUGCAAAUGUGGACUAGGAUUGGAUCUCACCACUUGAAUGCUUUACUUCGCAACAUUCGAUACAAGCGAAGAAGACCUGACAUGACCAUUAAUAUACCUGGUUUAAGGACACCAGUGAACAUUGAUGAUAACUAUGGUCUUCGUCUUACUGCCUACUAUAGGGCACCUAGAACAGGACAAUAUGUAUUCUAUGUUGCUGGUGAUGAUGAAUGUAGAAUGAGAAUCAGUAGGAACCGCAGUCCAAGAUAUCUGCGACAGAUCAUACGUUUUAGGAGGAACCUUUGGACAAAUCCAAACCAGUGGAAUAAAGACAGAACUCAAAAGUCAGGACCGCUUAGGUUGAAUGGAGGAAAAGUCUAUUUCAUUGAGGUUGUAAUGAAGGAAGGUGGUGGUGGUGACCAUCUCAGUGUUGGUGUAAAAAUACCUCGCAGAGGAGGCAUCAGGCCUGUUUCAAAGAGAAAUCUUUACCAGAGACCUCCAGGACGUAGUCGAAGACCUGGAAAGGGACCAGGAAGAAAGCCUAGUGGACAAAGACGACCAAUACGUGGUGUGAUGAUGGAGAGAUGGAAUGGAAUUGGGGGAAAUAAAUUAUCAAAUCUGAUUACUAACCCACGAUUCCCAAGAAAGCCUAAUAAAGCUGUAAAAAUUAGACAACUUAUGUCUCCUGUGAAUAAAGGAAACAACUAUGGAUUGCGAUUGAGAACAUACUUUGUGCCUCCAAGAACUGGUAGAUAUCUGUUCUAUGUUGCUGGAGAUGAUCAGUGCCGGUUGUCCAUAAGUACUGAUCAUACACGGAGAAAUUUACGAAUGAUUGUUAUGUUCCCGAAAGGAUUAGCCACUGGACGAAACCAAUGGAAAAAACAUAAAUCUCAAAGGGCUCCCCCAAUCCGCCUUUAUCGUGGAAGAGUGUAUUACAUGGAAGCUUUGAUGAAAGAAGGUGGUGGUGGAGAUCACAUAAGUGUUGGUAUGAAAACAGGAAGAGGAAUCAAGCCCAUUCCUGGUAGAUAUCUAUACAUGAUUCCUCCAGUUCGACGCAUGAUACGAAGACCUAGAUUUGUGAGAGGAGCAAGAAUGCAAAUGUGGACAAGGAUAGGAUCAAACCAUUUGGGUGCUUUAAUUCGCAAUCCCCGUUACCCAAGAAAACCUGAUGUAACAAUCAAUGUACCUGGUUUGAAAUCACCAGUGAAUAUUGAUGACAACUAUGGGUUGCGUCUAACUGCAUAUUAUAGGGCACCUCGAACAGGGUACUAUACAUUUUAUGUUGCUGGUGAUGAUGAAUGUAGAAUGAGAAUCAGUCGAAACCGUAGUCCGAGAUAUCUCAGGCGGAUCAUUCGUUUUAAGAAAAGUCUAUGGACAAACCCUAAUCAAUGGAACAAAGACCGAUCACAAAAAUCAAGGCCAAUAAAACUACAAAGGGGAAGAGUCUAUUUCAUGGAGGUUGUAAUGAAAGAAGGUGGUGGUGGUGAUCAUGUUAGUGUUGGUGUAAGAAAACCUCACUCCAAACGUACCACACCAAUUUCAAAGAAAAAUAUUUUCGUUAGACCACCGCGAAGAAGAAGACCACGUCCAACACCAGGACGUAGGCCACGGCCACGGCCACGGCCAGGACGAAGGCCAAGGCCACGACCAGGACGAAGGCCAAGGCCACGGCCAGGACGAAGGCCAAGGCCAAGGCCAGGGAUACGCCCACGUCCACGACCACGACCACGACCUCUCCUAAAGCCAGCAUAA